CCUCAGGCCUGGAAUGAGCGCGCCCCGCCUCACACCAGGGCGGCAGGUUCCCAUGGCUUCCCCCCCCCCACCAAUGGGCGUCUUAGGUGUAAUUAUGGGAAAUGUAGUUCCAGACGAGCGGGCUUGGACGCGCUCGCAGACCACGAUCCCCGACAGGCCCCACGCCUCUGCGUCGCCUCGCGCAGAGCCUGCGCGGGGGGCGGAGCUGCGGCCGGGGAGGUGCGUCCCCAACGGCUCCCGCGGCGGUUCGAACUCGGAGCAGCCGGGGUUCGCUCGUUCCCCGCGUGGAGUGUCUGAUGCUUCCACAGCCCGAGCUCAGGAGAGGGUCCGAGGCUUCCGAACGCGGACGAGAGCGCGGUGUGCGCUGUUGUCAGAAAUGGAAUCUAGUUCAUCAGACUACUGUAAUAAAGACAAUGAAGAAGAAAGUUUGCUUGCAAAUGUUGCUUCCUUAAGACAUGAACUGAAGAUAACGGAAUGGAGUUUGCAGAGUUUAGGGGAAGAGCUAUCCAGUGUUAGUCCAAGUGAAAAUUCCGAUUAUGCCUCUAAUCUUUCAAGAGCUGAAAAACUCAUUCUGGAAGAUCUUUCUCAGCCUAACCAGCUUGGACUUUUGAAUUACGUACCUUAUAAAAAAGUUUGUAAAAUGCCCACUGGCAGUACUGAUUUUCAAAAAAAGCCAAGAGAUAAGAUGUCUUUUUCAUCUGCCCCCAUGGACCAGGAGAUCAGAAAUCUUCGAGAGAAACUUAAUAAACUCAGGCAACAGAAUGCUUGUUUGGUCUCACAGAAUCAUUCUUUAAUGACUAAAAUGGAAUCUGUCCACUUUGAAUUAACACAGUCAAGAGCAAAAGUUUCUAUGCUUGAAUCUCUUCAACAACAGGCAGCCAGUGUGCCAAUUUUAGAAGAACAGAUUAUAAAUUUGGAAGCAGAAGUUUCAGCCCAAGAUAAAGUUUUGAGAGAGGCAGAAGAUAAAUUAGAGCAGAGCCAGAAAAUGGUGAUUGAAAAGGAACAGAGUUUGCAGAAAUCCCAAGAGGAAUGUAUAAAGUUAAAGGUGGACUUACUUGAACAAAGUAAACAAGGAAAGAGAGCUGAACGACAAAGGAAUGAAGCACUAUAUAAUGCUGAAGAGCUAAGUAAAGCUUUCCAACAUUAUAAAGAAAAAGUGGCAGAAAAAUUGGAAAAGGUUCAAGUUGAAGAAGAAAUAUUAGAGAAAAAUCUAAUUAGCUGUGAAAAAGAAAAUAAAAAGCUACAGGAAAAGUGUGGUCUAUAUAAAAGUGACCUUGAAAUUCUGAAAGAGAAAUUAAGGCAGUUAAAAGAAGAAAAUAACAAUGGAAAAGAAAAACUAAGGAUCAUGGCACUGAAAAAUUCAGAAGUUAUGGCACAACUAACUGAGUCUAGGCAAAGUAUUCUGAAGCUAGAGAGUGAAUUAGAGGACAAAGAAGAAGUACUUAGAGAAAAGUUUUCUCUAAUGAAUGAAAACCGAGAAUUAAAGGUCCGUGUUGUAGCACAGACUGAGCGACUGGAUUUGUGUCAACAAGAAAUAGAAAGUUCGAGGGUGGAACUGAGAAGUUUGGAAAAAGUUAUGUCCCAGUUGCCAUUAAAAAGAGAAAUGUUUGGUUUUAAAUCAUCUCUUUCUAAACACCAGAUGAGUAGUUUGUCAAACAAGGAAGACAAUUACAUUGGCUGCUGUGAGGCAAAUAAAAUGGUGAUUUCAGAAUUGAGGAUUAAGCUUGCGAUAAAGGAGGCAGAAAUUCAAAAGCUUCAGGCAAACCUGGCUGCAAAUCAGUUAUCUAAGAGUCUUCUUGCUUGUAAUGACAAACAAAGUGGCAAAUUAAAUAGUUUAGAGACAGAACCAGUAAAACUAGGAGGUAAUCAAUUAGCAGAAAGAAUAAAAGACCAAAAUCAACAUACUGUGAAUAAGCAAUAUGAAAGAGAAAGUCAGAGACUUGCUUCUGGAAUAGAAGAACUACGUGCUAAGUUGAUGCAAAUAGAAGCUGAGAAUUCUGAUUUGAAGGUUAACAUGGCCCACAGAACUAGUCAGUUUCAGCUGAUACAAGAGGAGCUGCUGGAGAAAGCUUCAAACUCUAGCAAACUGGAAAGUGAAAUGACAAAGAAAUGUUCUCAACUUUUAACUCUCGAGAAACAGCUGGAAGAAAAAAUAGUUGCUUAUUCCUCUAUUGCUGCAAAAAAUGCAGAACUAGAGCAGGAGCUUAUGGAAAAGAAUGAAAAGAUAAGAAGUCUAGAAACCAAUAUCAAUACAGAACAUGAGAAAAUUUGUUUAGCUUUUGAAAAGGCUAAGAAAAUUCAUCUUGAACAGCAUAAAGAAAUGGAAAAGCAGAUUGAAAGACUUGAAUCUCAACUAGAGAAAAAAGACCAACAGUCUAAAGAACAAGAAAAGACUAUGUCCAUUUUGCAGCAAGAUAUAAUAUGUAAACAACAUCAUCUUGAAUCACUAGACAGACUCCUGACGGAAAGCAAAGGGGAGAUGGAAAAGGAAAACAUGAAGAAAGAUGAAGCUUUGAGAACAUUACAGAACCAAGUAUCGGAAGAAACAAUCAAGGUCAGACAACUAGAUUCAGCACUGGAAAUUUGUAAGGAAGAACUUGCCUUGCACUUGAAUCAAUUAGAAGGAAAUAAGGAAAAGUUUGAAAAGCAGCUAAAGAAGAAAUCUGAAGAGGUAUACUGUUUACAGAAAGAACUAAAGAUAAAAAAUCACAGUCUUCAAGAGACUGCUGAGCAGAAUCUUAUUCUACAGCAUACUCUUCAGCAACAGCAGCAAAUGUUACAACAAGAGACAAUUAGGAACGGAGAGCUAGAAGACAUUCAAACUAAACUUGAAAAACAGGUAUCGAAACUGGAACAAGAGCUUCAAAAACAAAGGGAAAGUUCAGCUGAAAAGUUGAGAAAAAUGGAGGAGAAAUGUGAAGUAGCCAUACAUGAAGCCGAUUUGAAAAGGCAAAAAGUUAUUGAGCUUACUGGUACUGCCAGGCAAGUAAAACUUGAGAUGGAUCAGUACAGAGAAGAACUCUCUAAAAUGGAAAAAGAAAUAAUGUACCUAAAAAGGGAUGGAGAAAAUAAAGCAAUGCAUCUCUCUCAGUUAGACAUGAUCUUAGAACAGACAAAGACAGAACUAGAUAAGAAGACAAAUUCUGUGAAGGAAUUAGAAAAAUUACAGCACCACACUGAAACUGAACUAACAGAAGCUUUGCAGAAACGGGAAGCAUUAGAGUCUGAACUCCAAAAUGCGCAUGGAGAGUUAAAAAGUACUUUAAGACAACUUCAGGAAUUGAGAGAUGUACUACAGAAGGCUCAAUUAUCAUUAGAGGAAAAAUACACUACUAUAAAGGAUCUCACAGCUGAACUUAGAGAAUGCAAGAUGGAGAAUGAAGAUAAAAAGCAAGAACUCCUUGAAAUGGAUCAGGCACUUAAGGAGAGAAAUUGGGAACUAAAGCAAAGAGCAGCUCAAGUUACACAUUUGGAUAUGACUAUUCGUGAGCAUAGGGGAGAAAUGGAACAGAAAAUAAUUAAAUUAGAGGGUACUCUGGAGAAAUCAGAAUUGGAACUUAAAGAAUGCAACAAACAGAUAGACAGUUUGAAUGAAAAAUUGCAAAAUUCCAAAGAACAGCUUCGAGGAAAAGAGUUUAUAAUGCUACAAAAUGAACAGGAGAUAAGUCAACUGAAAAAAGAAAAUGAACGAACACAACAAAAGAUGAAAGAAAUGGAAAGUGUUAUGAAAGAACAGGAACAGUACAUUGCAACUCAGUACAAGGAGGCCAUAGAUAUGGAGCAAGAAUUGAGGCUAACUCAACAGCAGAUGCAGAACUCUCAUGCAGAAUUGUUGGAGGCUCGUCAUCAACAAGUCCAAGCACAGAGAGAGGUAGAAAGGCUGUCAAGUGAACUGGAGGAAAUAAAGCAACUCUCUAAAGAAAAAGAAGCUCAUGGACACCAUUUAGCUGAAGAACUGGGGGCUUCUCAAGUACGUGAAGCUCAUUUAGAAGCAAGAAUGCAAGCAGAAAUCAAGAAAUUGUCAGCAGAAGUAGAAUCUCUCAAAGAAGCUUAUCAUCUGGAGAUGAUUUCACAUCAAGAGAACCAUGCGAAGUGGAAGAUUUCUGCUGACUCUCAAAAGACUUCUGUUCAACAACUAAAUGAACAGUUAGAGAAGGCAAAACUGGAAUUAGAAGAAGCUCAGGACACUGUAAGCAAUUUGCAUCAACAAGUCCAAGAUAGGAAUGAAGUAAUUGAAGCUACAAAUGAAGCAUUACUUAUUAAAGAAUCAGAAUUAACCAGAUUACAAGCCAAAAUUUCUGGGCGUGAAAGGACAGAAGACAUCAAGUUUCUACCAGCCCUGCUUACAUCUGCAACAGAAAUUAUGCCUGACAUUCAAGAUCCAAAAUUUGCUAAACAUUCUCACACAGCCUUUUUCAAGUGUAGAAAGCUACGUCGCUCUAUUAGUGCCAGUGACCUUAGUGUCAAGACACGUAGUGGUGAAGAUCUUUCUGAAGAAUUACUACAGGACUUAAAAAAAAUGCAGUUAGAACAGCCUUCAACAUUAGAAGAAAGCCAGAAGGAUCUGACUUAUAGCCAGUCAGACUCAUUUAAACCUCUUACAUAUGACCCAGAAGAUGAUAGUUCUGAGAGUAAUGACUUCAGUACUCUCAGUGGAAUGCUAAGAUACAUAAACAAAGAAGUGAGACUGUUAAAAAAGUCUUCUAUGCAAACAGGUGCUGGUUUACCUCAGGUAUAAUAAUUCAUGCAUCGAAAAGGAAGCAGUAGCAAGAUGAAUGCUUUAUGGUAGCUUAGCCUAUACGCUAAUGAAUGAAUCAUUAUAAAAUUUUUAUGGCAAAUAAUAUUCUAGUCAUAUUCAUAAUACAGUAUUGGAAACAGUGUUAUAUUUUUUUAAAAACCACUUACCUGUGAUGAUGGGCUGCUGUGCACCUUCUUCAUUUACUAGAGAAAAGGACACACUGUAUGGUGAUGUUAUUCUUUGAAAGCAAAGAAAACUAACACAUUAUGGAGUUUAUAUUAAAUAUUACCUACACCCAUGUUUGGAUAGUCUGCCCACUUCCAUACAGAUCUUGCACAUGAUGUUCUAUAUGAUCAGUACUUACGUGAUGAUGGUGACACAUAAAUGUCUCAUCCAGUUCUUGUCAUACAUUACUAGAUUUUCACAUGAAAACACUCAAAAGAUAAGUUUAUUAACUGUACAGCAUGAUGAUUUGUUAAGUGGAAGUGGAUUGUCAUAAAGGUCUUCAUCCUUGUCUUCUCACUGAGUAGGCUGAGAAGGAGGAGGGGUUGGUCUUGCUGUCUGAAGGAUGGCAGAGGCAGAAAGGCUGGAGGAGGUGGAAGGGGAGACAGGAGAGGCAGGUACAUUUGGUAUAAUUUUAGGAAAAUACAUCACAAUUUCCCUGUGUGAUUUUUUUUUUUUUUUGCUUUUGCAUUUCUUUAAAAAUGUUUUUAUACGGUACCAAUUCUUCUUCCACCAUUUGCUUUAGGUUCAGUGCCCAUAUCAUAGAAGGGUCCAUGUCGUAAAAAUAAAUGUCCUUUGGGGCAUUUUUGUCCAGAAUAGGACAUUUUUGUCUGUAUUAAAAACCUGUCCAGGCAGAUAAUCCUUUCUCCUCAGUGAUUUUCUUAAUGGCGUCCCUGAACUGUCUGCUGCUUCUUGGUUACCUUGACAUUUUUUAGGCCAAACCUAUUUCUAAAAUUAUCAAGCCAUCCUUUGUUGGCAUUAAAUUCUCCAGCUUUGGACCUUUUACCUUUCCUUUGCUCUAAAUUGUCAUACAAUGAUUUUGCUUUUUCUUGAAUUGUAUUAGAGUCUAUAGGCAUGCCUUUCUUACACUUACAUAAAAGUUGCAUUUUCAACACAAGAUAAAAAGUUCAAGGUGUUCAUACCUGCUAGCCUAACUGCGGUGAUGGCUUCACAAAUUUCCUUUUCUUUUUUUACAGUGGUCCUUACACUGGGUUCACUUGUCUUGAAAUGGUGGGCAUCCACAGCUGCACACCUCAAUCUACAGUACAUACCAAGCAAUUCAACUUUUUCUUGUAAUGUCAUUACUCUGCUUCUUGGGAGCACUUCCAACAUUACUAGCAGCACUUUGUAUGGGUCCCUUGAUGUUUUUCAGAAGUUUAUGGUAUUGCACUAAACACCAGAAAAAUAUGUGAGAACUGCAAGAGGUCACUUUUUUAUUGCAAUACAUAAUUUACUGGAGAGACGAACUACUCAUGUGGAGAUGAUUAACGUCACACAGUGUUUUAAGCAAUACAAUACUUGAGCUCACACUAAAACAACAGGUGGUGGCUACAAGAUUAUUACAAUAGUACUAUAUUUAAUUUUAUGCAGUUAAUCCUCCAUCUUUACAUUUGUUUACAUUUCAACUGCAGAUGGCGCCAUAUACAAUCUGUGUAUAAAUUUUGAUAAAUCUUAACUUUUUAUAAUAGAUUUGUGUAUAUUUUAUGCACAUGACAUACCUUUUUCUUAAUUUUUUGGUAUUUCUAGACUGUGAGGGCCUUCUGUGAGUUUUUUCAAAUUGUUGCAAAUCUCCAAAAAAAUUUCCAAUAUAUUUAUUGAAAAAAAUUAGCAUAUAAGUAGACCUGUGCAGUUCAAACCUGUGUUAUUCAAAGGUCAACCAUGUUAUUCAGGGGUCAGCUUAAUUGGAAAACGUUUUUGGAGCUCCAAAAUUAGUUGUGUUUCUAGACUUCCUGGAAACCAUUCUAGUAAAAAAUUAAGGUGACCUUUGUUUUGUAGACUUCCACAGUGCAGAGUAUCUCAUUUACAUGAUUUAUCUACUUCCAUUAUUCCUUGAGCAUAUCAUACUGAAUAAGCAGUUCUGUCCCUAUUACACAUACCUUACAGACACUCAACAUUUUUUAAAAAGAUUUUAUUUGAGAGAAGAGUGAGAGAGACAAAGAGAGAACCUAUGUGCAGGAGCUGUGGGGGUAGGGGCAGAGGCAGAGGGACAAGCAGACUCCCUGACGCGCAGGGAGCCUGAUGAGGAACUUGAUCCUCUGAGAUCAUGACCUGAGAUCAGGUCUCUGAGAUCAUGACCUGAGCCAAAGGCAGACACUUAACCAACUGAGCCAUCCAGGUGCCGCUCAACGUUUUUUAUAAGCAUUUAAUCUAUAAUUUGCAUAUAGAAAUAACGAAUCCCUUCCAGAGGAAUCCAGUUUUUCAAAUGUUCAUUUGUUUCAUUUUCAAAAUAGCAUUGGUGGCCUAAAAAAUUUAAAAAGCAUUUUUAGAUUGGAUCCAAGACAAAGACUGAUAGACCUUCUUUAUAUUUCUCCACAUUGAAAAGAGCUUAAUUUACUACUUAUAAGCAAAAAACUAAGUAAUAUUCUUAUUAAAUAAAAUUUUCAAAUGAAAUUUCAAGUGUAUAGCAAGUCAGAUGGAACAGUAAACUAGGCAAUUGUGUAUAAUGCCUGAUAAGAUUGUAUAUAAUGCCUGAUAAAAUUAGUUUUCAUCUAGCCUUUAAAACUACAGUGUUUAGUUUUUAUCAUUUAAUCAGCCAUUUCAUUAUUUAUUGAGCAUCUACUAUAUACCAGGCACUGGAAUUAUAGAAAUAAACAAAAAUGACUAGGACCCUGUCCGAACAGAGCUUACAUUUUAGUUGGGAGACCAUCAGUAAACAAAUAAAUAGACAUAUGCUCUAAUGCAAGGUGGAAAUGUGUAAGAGCAUGCAGUGUGAUGGGGGUACUGUUUUAGAUAGGGUGGUCAGAGAAGGUGUCUCAAGAAAGUGACAUUUGAUCAGAGUCUUGUAGGAAGUAAGGAAGCAAGCUGUCCCAAUAGCUGAAGGAAGAGCACUGGAGGAAAGGGAACAACAGGUACUAAAGUCCUGGGGUGGUAGCCUGCCUGGUAUGUACAAAAAACAGGUAGGAGGGGUACUGAUGGUUUGGUAUAAACAAGAGGGAAAGGAGUAGGAGAUAAGAGAUGAUGCUAGGGCUGGGGGUGCUCUAGCAGUGUUGUAACUCCUAUAAGAACUUUGGAUUUUAUUUGAAGUGUGAUGGGAAGGCAUUGGAAGGUUCUGCUUAGGGAAAUGACAUUUAUCUGAUUUAUGUUUUUAAAGGAUCACUCUGGCUGUUUUAGGAAGAAAGAAUGACAAAGGAAUAAGAGCAGAGACUAUCCAGGAGGCUACUUGUAAUAAUCCAGGCAAGAGAUGAUUUGGGGUAGGCAGGAGGAUAGAGGUGAAAGUGUUGACAAUAGUUCCAUUUCUGGAUAUAUUUUGAAGAUAGAGCCAACAGGAUUUAAUGUAGGUCUUGAGUGAAGUAGUCAAGGAAGACUCCAAAGAUUUUGGCAAGAGUAGCUGGGCUUUUACUCAGUUGGGGAAUACUAGGAGAUGAACAGAUUUGGAAGCUUGGAGAGUUCAAAAGAUUGACUUUAGAUAUAUUAAAUUUGAGAUUUCUAUUAGAUGUCCAAGUGAGGAUGACAAGCGAAUGACUGGGUUAGUGAGGCUGAAGUUAUAAAUUUAGGUAUCAGCAUAUAGAUCAUUGCUAAAGCCAUAAUGCUGGAUUAAGUCCAGGGAAUUAGUGGAGGUAGAAAAAAGCAGCCCCCAAAUUAAGCCUAAUUUAGUAGUUAGGCUAAAUUAUUUUUAGCAUGCAAGAAGUUGAGGCUCCAAUAAAGCUAACUGUAAGAUUUAAACAGUGAGAGAAAAAAUAAGGAAAACAUAAUAUAUCACAUGUUUCAGAAAAGAGAGAUUAAAUGUUGCUAAAUAAAGUGAGGAUUAAUAAUUGAUGUAUUUGGUAUUAUGCAAGCUAUUGGUGACAUUUAUGAGAAUGGCUUCAGGGUAAUAGGAUAAAGCCUGGUUAGAGCGUGAUCAGCAGAGAAUAGAAGAAAAGGAAACACCAAAAACAGGCAACUCUUUUGAUGUAAAGAAAUGAGGGAGAUGAAAUGUCAAGGGAGAGUUUGUUUUUUAGAAUAAGAGAUAAAACAGCAUUUGAUUAGUGGUAUACAGGGAAACUGAUAAUUCAAGACAGAGAGUAGAAGAAAUAAAGUUCCUAAGAUAGGCUGAAACAGAAUCCAGCAGAGAAGUGGAAUUGGCCUUGGGUAAAAGAAGAGACAGUUCAUCUAUUGUAGAGAGAAAGAAAGUACAGAAACACAUGGAGUAGAUUUGGUGAGAAGGGAGCAAUUUCUUUAUUGAUUGCCUUUAUUUUCUUAGUGAAGGUUUUCUUAGUAAGGUUAUGAGCUAUGGCAGGGUAAGGUACUGGAGGAUUAAGAACGGGAAAGGUAUAUGAAAUAGUUAUCUUGGAAAAUGAGAAAAUAUAAAAGGACUAGGGAAGUCUAGUAGGAUUGCCAGGCAGAUAGUUUUGUUGGGUGAAAUGGCCCUGCAAAUAUAUCUGGCAUCUUUUGUCCCUCUCAGUUAUAUGCCAGCAACAGGAUCUCCCCAUCAUAGUAACAACCAAAAAGAACUAUCACCAAUUUUCAGAAUCAUCCCCAGGAGGGGAGUACUGCUUUCUUUGAGAACAUCUGCUCUAUUCCAAUGGCCCUAGAGUCCUAGAUAUGUACCAGUCUAUUUCUGGUAAAUAGAACUCAUUUCAGGACGGCUGGGUGGCUCAGUUAAGUAUCUGCCUUCAGCUCAGGUCAUGAUCCCAGGGUCCUGGGAUCGAGUCCCAUAUCAGGCUCCUUCCUCAGCCAGGAGCCUGCUUCUCCCUCUGCUUGCAGCUCGCUCUCUUUCUCUCUGACAAAUAAAUAAAUAAAAUCUUAAAAAAAAACUUUAUAUAGGAUAAACUUGAUUAGUACAGUGACAGAUUGUAAUCUGUGAAUGACUCAGGUUUGAUUUGAAGGUGUCCUCAAGAUACUAAAUUUGUUUCUGAUUUAUGGUGUGUUUCACUUCCGUAGAGAGCAAAACCAGCUGGCAUUGAAGUCAUACACUGAUUUGUGCAAAAAGAACCCUUAAGCUCUCUAUUUUAAGCAAUGGACGGGUGAUGAGGCAUCAUUGUUGGGCCGUGUUGAGGGCAUUAGUUGGCCUUAAUCCAGCCCUGCUCCAGAGUGUGCAGUUUUGUUUUUUUUUAAGAUUUUAUCUGAGAGAGAGAAUGGGGGGGUUGCAGAGGGAGAAGCAGACUCCCCGCCGAGCAGGGAGCCUGACGCGGGGCUUCAUCCCAGGACCCUGAGAUCAUGACCUGAGCCAAGGGCAGACGCUUAACCGACUGAGCCAUCCAGGCGCCCCCAAAAUUUGCAGUUUUAAAGUCCACUGAUACAGCAGAAGAAAACCUAGAAAUUACUGUGUGAGAAGUGCUUAAUAACUGUUAGCUCUUUUACUUGUGUUGUAGCCCAAAUAACGAUUUUCCUAACAGUUAAGUAUGUUGCCAGUUCCAUUCACAAUAAAGCCGCUGACAAAAGCUUCAAAAGUCACAAAAAAUUACAUAUGCACAAAAUUUUGAACACAUUAUCAAAGGAGUUCAGAAACAGCAAGUUAAAAACUCUUGUUUCAGAUUUGAACGGUGUAAUACUGUGCCGCAAAUACUAAUUAGCUAAUUCACAGUUCAUUAGGAAGUUAUAAGAAGUAUUGUUUAUAUCCAUCUUAUUUCCAAAAAGGAAAAAGAGUUUACAAAUGUGGUCCAUAUGCCGUGCAAUAAGAUGAAAAAUAAGAAUUGAGAAAGUAGGCUAUAGGGAAAACAGAGAUGGAAAGAAAAAAGGUGAAGGAAGACUACAGGUAAUACCUAAGGACAUGGUAACAUCUUCAAAUCCCUGGCUAGUAAAGACCAGGGUAUAACAAGAGUAUUUGACCUGUAUUUUUAGAACCUCCUGGGCCUGGGGCGCCUGGGCGGCUCCGUGAGUUGAACGUCCAACUCUUGAUUUUAGCUCAGGUCAUGAUUUCACGGUUGUGAGAUCAGGUCCCGUGUCAGGCUCUGUAUUGGGCGUGGAGCCUGCUCGAGAUUCUCAUUCUCUCUCUCCCUCUCCCCCUGCUUUUUCUCCCUCUUAAAAAAAAAAAAAAAUCUCCUGGGCCUUUUUCAUAUAUUUUUCUACUUAUGUUGUGCUGUUUCUUUGUGCAAACAUUUCUCUCUUGUCAUUUCCCUUUCCUGCUCUUAUUUCUCUUCUUUUUCACUAUUUUCAGGUAGCCCUUCAUCUAUCUUCCUUACUGUGCCCUCAAACUAUAGUGUGACACCAGUGUCUAAGUAUUUAUAUUGUCUUCUGUUUUUGUUUUUUAUAUCAAUUUAGUUUAACUUUGCACUCCCUCCCAAUGCCCCCAACCAGAAUUACUUUUUUUAUUCCAUGCGGUCCAUUAUUGACUUUUUCUGAUUCAUAUUUCUUAAUUGAGUAAAUAUUUCCCACUCUUACUUUAAGUUAUGCUCCUGAUUAUUAUACUGGACAUUAAUGCUAAAUUAAUAUAAGGAUAUCUCAAAAGCUAAUUUUUUUUUGCAUUAUUCCAGGGAGAAAAUUUGUAAUUAAAUGAAGAUGUUGAUAUGAUGAAAAAUGAGAUUUUUGGUACAGUGUUUAUUACAUGUAGCUCAUAAUUCAUAGAAGCUGUUAUUUUAUUGCUUUUGAAUAAAUUUUUAUUUCAGUAUAUUUAAAAAAAGUUGUGAAAGUUAAUUCAUUACUCAUUUUUGGUUUAAA